CGGUACCAGCAGCUGGUUACUUGGGGAAUGGUGUCGCCAGUCCAGCGAGAAGAAAAGUCCGCAUUCGAUGUGCUGAAGGCGAGUUUGUUGUCCGAGUUCGAGUGGCAGGGCAAGGAACCCGCGUUUUGAGAUUGCGAGUUUUGUUUUGGUUCCAUGCGGCGGUACCCCGCAGGGUAGACGGCAUAUUGUGAAUAUUGUUUCUUAGUGAUUUCCAGGCCAGAGAAAGCGGCCAUGCAGCUGCGGUACCAAUAACUCCUCUUGUCAUCCGAAGUGAAAACAAUCGGCGCGAUGUGAGAAGAGACAACACGGAUAAAUCUUUGAUUGCUCGUCUUGUUCGAAACGGUGAUACAGUGAUCAGAGUGCGGUGUGAAUAGUUAGUGUAAGUGAUCGAAAAAUGACUGUUUCCGCCAUGGAUAACAACAAAAGUACUCGCAGAAGUUCAUGGGAAUCAAAGAUGUCCAUCAGCACUGUCAGCACCAAGAGUAGACGAUACCGAAAACCUCCCAGUUCAAUCAUUUCGUCCGAUUCUGAUAUUCGCUUUACUCGAGGCAAACUCACAUCGCAAACCCGAUGUGGCUGCUGUAUUAUCGCAACGUUUCUCCUCUUUCUGCUGCUGGCUGCCGCAUCCGUUUACGUAGGCUAUACCUACUUCCUUCCAGAGUAUCCAGGAGAUCAGAUCUACCGGGCGACAUUUCGAGUGACAGAAGGAGACACUUUUUCCACUGAGCUGGCCGAUCCCAGCACCAAAAGGUUCCAGGAAACCUCAAGAGACUACAAAGAAAGACUGAACUUGCUCUUCCGACGAAGCGCCAUCAAGCACGGCUACCGUGGUACUGAAGUCCUGGCCCUUGAUGGGACUGAGGAUGAAGAUCUCAUAGUGCACUUUGACAUCAAGGUCGAUCCUACGUAUGUGGGAAUUAGUGCUGAAGACUUGGAGGCGAUUCUGGCCAACGAGAUUUCGGUUGAGGAGUCACUGUUUUUCAGGAACUUGACCAUUGACGCCAACAGCUUGGAGGUGAAACCCAGCGAUGCCCUACCUCAGAUGGUGACCACAACGGCCAACCCAGUGGUGGCGCAAACCAUAAUCACCAUGGCCCCAUACGUGCCCCGAAGAUGUGCCCCUUUGAGCCUGCGCUACUGCAACAAUCUUCCCUACAACGUCACCACUUACCCGAAUGCCCUCCAGCACCGAAGCAUCAAAGAGGUCAGAGAUAACGUGAUUUCCUUCAGGGAACUGGUUGACGCUGAGUGCUACAGACACGCCUACGACUUUAUCUGCCAGCUCCUGCAGCCUGGAUGCCAAUCUGGAGGAAACGAAGACCGAAUGGUGCUGCCUUGCAGGAGCUUUUGCCGGGACUUUAUGGCCGGAUGCGGCAGCAGGCUGUCGGAUAAAGUGAGGGCGCUGAUUGACUGCAGCAAUUUUCCGGAGUUCAGCUCUGGACAACAGUGUUUUUCGCGUCCAGGCUGCGUGGAUGAGCUGAAGGCCAAAGCGUUAUCCCCGCGCAUCUGCGACGGUGUCAUUGACUGCUCUGAUUUGUCCGAUGAAAAGUCCUGCACGUAUUGCGCAGCCAAUCAGCUGCAUUGCGGCAUUGGAAGAACCUGCAUCCAGACCAAUCAGCGCUGCGAUGGCAGAGAAGACUGUCCCGAUGGAAGUGACGAGCGGGGUUGCUUAUCGCUGGUGCCGAGCAUUCAACAGCUGAAGUCCAUCCAGAUGAUCUCGCCGCAUGAAACCGAGUACUAUCCAGAGGGCGUGGUGGUGUUCAAUGAAAAAGGAGAGUCGGGAAAACUGUGCACUGAAAGCCUGAAUAAAACGCUAUCGGGGAACAGAACUGAGGAAGUGCUGAGGACUGUAGCGGUGUCGCUGUGCAGGGCCUUGAGUUACCAGGAUGUUCUGUCGUUCCAAGUGGUCCAGGACUCAGAAGAAGGCAGCCCCUACGUGAAAAUCAAGGACCCUUUUGCGGACGACAUCAGCUUCCUGCAAAGCAAAUGCCCGUCCAAGCAAGUGCUCAAGGUGCAAUGUGAAGAAUUAGAAUGCGGCCUUCAAAGCACCCACACGAAGACCAUGCGGGUGCUUCAGAAGAUGGCCGCGCAUGGCGACUGGCCUUGGCACGUGGCACUCUUCAAAGAGGAGGUGCACAUCUGCGACGGCAUUUUGCUGUCCUCCAGUUGGCUGGCCACCACCACAUCAUGCUUCCAAGGCCAGCCCAAAGCCGAAUGGACGGCCAAGUUUGGGAUCGUGCGCCUGGCCAGCACCUCACCUUGGGAGCAGGAGCGCCGAAUCAUUGGAAUGGUAAAAUCCCCGGUCGAAGGCAGCACGAUUGCCCUAAUCCGGCUCGACCAAUCGGUGACUUUUAACGACUUUGUGCGUCCUGUUUGCCUGCCUGCAGCCAAGUUGGUGCUGCCCACUACGGCUCACUGUACCACUCUGGGGUGGGCCAGGAAUAGGGAGCAACUGCAGCGGGUCCAGGUGAAGGUGGCCGACCGACAAAAGUGCGAAAAUGUCAGCAUUUCGAGCGUCAACAGCAUCUGCACCGAGACGAUUCAUGGUCAUAACGACUGCAAUGAAGAAGAGUUUGCGGGCAGUUCAAUGGUUUGCAAAACAUCCAAUCCGGAUAAAUGGACGCUGAUUGGUAUAACGAAUUGGCGAAUCGCAUGCGCGAAGAACGGCAUGGAACGGCCCAGGAUGUACGAUAAAAUCGGGUCCAAUGUGGACUGGAUUCGGGAGACCAUUUCCAGUUCGAAUAAUACCUGAAGGAUGCGCAGAAGGACUCCUUAGAUGAUAAUCCUCCAAGGGGGUCCUUGAAGUAACAAGAGCCACUUAAAGUUCGAAUACAAAGCAGAUGCGUUAAAGUGCCAAAAAGUAGAUUUAUCUUUUGUAUAAUAUUGUGGAAGUAUUCAAGUUUUAAUAGUUUAACCUAUGUGCUAGUUAGGGAUCUUGAAGAUAUGGUUAUGACGACAGAAUGGAUUGCUUCCUCUCAAUUCAGUGUGAAGACUAUUUAGCCACUAGCUCUCAAACCGAUCACCAAUAAGGAGAUAACUUGUAAAAUAUUGCCUGAAGAAUUGCUCCUGAGAUUAGAUACUUGAUUGAUUGUGGCUUGAUCAGCAAGAUUUCCUUGAAUUUGUAUAUUUCUAAAUAUAGCCUAGACCUUGUUAUUAAAAAAGCCGUUUUUAUUCAU